CACCUAACCGCAGGACUUUGUCGUCUGCCAUGGCGUCCUCCAGCGUCCUGGCCGUCGUCGUCCUCCUCGCCGUGAGCACGGCUACUGACGCCGCCACCAUCACCGUCGUCAACAGAUGCUCCUACACGAUUUGGCCAGGCGCGCUCCCGGGCGGUGGCGUUCGCCUUGACCCAGGCCAGUCAUGGUCGUUCACCAUGCCGCCCGGCACCGCGGGGGCCAGGGUGUGGCCACGCACGGGGUGCACCUUCGACGGUAGCGGCCGCGGCCGUUGCAUCACGGGCGACUGCGCCGGCGCGCUGGCCUGCCGCGUCUCCGGCGAGCAGCCCGCUACAUUGGCCGAGUACACCCUGGGACAGGGAGGGGCCCGGGACUUCUUCGACAUAUCCGUCAUUGACGGGUUCAACUCGCCAAUAAGCUUCCAGCCCGUGGGCGGCGCGGCGUGCCGGGGCGCGAGCUGCCCCGUGGACAUCACGAGAGAGUGCCUCCCAGAGCUGCAGGUGCCCGGAGGGUGCGCGAGCGCGUGCGGCAAGUUCGGCGGCGACACCUACUGCUGUAGGGGACAGUUCACGGACAACUGCCCGCCGACCUACUACUCGAAGUUCUUCAAGAACAAGUGCCCCGACGCUUACAGCUACGCCAAGGACGACCAGACCAGCACCUUCACCUGCCCCUCCGGAACCAACUACCAGAUCGUGCUCUGCCCCUCCAAUGCCCUUGUAUCAGAUGCAUAAUGCAUUGGUGCACCAUACGGCGAAUAAGUUUGUGCUUGGAUCAAUAAGGAGUACCCUUUGUACUUGGAUCAAUAAGGGCUAUCCGUUGUGCUUGGAAAAAAAGUUUGUAUGUGCCAUGCGUUGCAUAUGCAUGCAUAGCUAGUGCGUGCAUGUCAAUCGUCAGUAAAUAAAUAUCGAAUUUCUACCUGAUAACGUAUA